ACAAAAGUCACCAGCAAAUUUCAAAAUUCCGCUGUCAUUCUUGUAAAAGUAAAAAAUGGGUUCGGACAAGAUUAAAUACACUUUUUUGUCGACGUACAUGAAGGAUUUCGUGAAAAAACCGCUAAACCAUCGACGGGCAAAGGCACAAAAACAGGAGUUUGAGGACCCCAUCAGUGAGGGUUUUAGGCAGUUUUUGGUCCUAGAUGAAACAGAUUUGACACCACCGAAUGAAAAUGGGGACAAAUACUUGGAAAAAUUUAAAGAAAAAUACAAAGGGAUUGCAAAAACGCAUUUUCAAGAACCGUUAGAUAAAGAUGCCAUAAUGAAGAAUAAAAUGACUAGAGGGGCGGUCACUGAAUACCAGACGAGUUUUUGUGAUAUUGAAAAAGAUAUUGAAUUUAAUUUGGAUAAACGAAGGAGGAAAUUCACUUUACCAGAUGAUGCUGAAAUACCGUUAACGACUUAUGGGAUUUAUUUCAGGGAUCAGACGAAGGCUUUAAGACCACCCCUUAUUAUCAUACCCCCCAACACCCUACACACGCAUGGAAACCUCGCUUGUAGCCAUUACAUCAGCGAAUACACCGACCACAUUGGCACCUUUGGGGAGUUUAUCUUGGAAAAAAGCAUCCAAAAACCUCAAACUUAAUCAAUCAUUCAUGUUUGUCAAAAACUUGUGUCAAAAUUUCAGUUUAAUAAAAAUUUUUGUUCAAAA